AUGUUCAAUGUUCCUUUGGAUUCUGAAAGCAUUGGAAUUGAAAUAAUUUGUGAAGACAGUCUUGAAAUUGAGGAAAUUCAAGCAGAAGAAACUCUCAGCAAAUCAUACUUCCAGGAAGCUGAAAAGAAAGCCGUGGCCAUCAGCUCUAGUGAUGAUGACAAUGUUAGAGCUCUCAAACCAAAUAGAAAAUAUAAUCCAGACGUUUUCGAAAUGAAUGAUGUGGAUGAAUAUACUCAGUCAUCCUCAACAACAAUGAGUAGUGUCAACACAGAUCCCCAUAUUCUAGAUAUUUCCAAUAACAGACAGUCUCCAAUGAAUACAAUUCUGGAAUCAGCAGAGUCGCCAGAAGUGCCUGCUAAAAGUGCUAGAACCACUGAUCACAACUGCUGCAAAAAUUUUGAUAUUAUCAUUCAGCUGAUCACUGAACUAAAUAUCAAAGUGACAGAGUUGAAGGAAAGCAUACCAAACACAGCAGUAAGAUUUCCUACUGAACAACUAGACAAUAUUAAAAGUCAGUUACCUUGUAAAACUAUUGAAGACUUAGAAGGGCUAGAAAGUUCCAUCCAAAUGACCAAAAAACAAGAAGAAUCAUUGAAAUAUAUUAUGAAAUCAAUUGGGGGAACAACAGGCAGAGAUUUUACUCAGAGAAUCUUCAAAAAGUUAUUAACUAAUGAACUGGCUGAAUUGUGCAGUUGGACGGGAGCUUAA